AUGAGACGCUACAGAUAACAUGUCACUCAGAAGAUCAUUUCUCUCGCGAAGGAUCAACAGUCGCUCCUUUGCGCUAUCCAAAUCGUUCAAAGAAUUCAAAACCCUAGACACUGCACAGGCUGAAGCGAAUUUGAGGAGUAAUGGUAGAGACGACGAUGUUGAGGCCGAAUUGGAGGGCUCUUGGUCGAAUAUGCUGCCGGAGCUACUCGGAGAGAUCAUACGGAGAGUCGAAGCGAGCGAAGAUCGGUGGCCGAUCCGACAAAACGUCGUCGCUUGCGCUUGUGUGUGCAAGAGGUGGAGAGGAGUCACCAGAGAGAUCGUUAGGUCUCCGUUUCGCAGUGGCCAGAUCACCUUCCCUUCUUGCCUCAAACAGCCGGGUCCCCGGGACUCUCCUCUUCAGUGUCUUAUAAGACGGAACAAGAAGAACUCAACAUUUUACCUGUAUCUUGGUCUUAACCCAUCCUUUACAGACAUGGGAAAGUUUCUCCUAGCAGCACGAAGAUAUAGACAUGGUGCUCAUACUGAGUACGUUAUAUCACUUGAUGCAGAUGACAUGUCCCAAGGAAGCAAUGCCUAUGUUGGAAAGCUAAGUUCCGAUUUUCUCGGUACCAACUUUACAAUCUAUGAUAGCCAACCCCCACACAGUGGUGCAAAGCCCUCUAGCAGCAGAAGUUGCCGCCGUUUUGCAAGCAAGCAAAUAAGUCCCCAGGUUCCUGCAGGCAACUUUGAGGUUGGACAGGUCUCCUACAAGUUCAACCUCUUGAAAUCAAGAGGUCCAAGGAGGAUGCUAUGUUCGCUUAAAUGCCCGUGCUCAGGAGAAACCGAAGCAAACAAACCUCAGGACAAUUCUGAUACAAAAAAGCCAGAGUCUGCUACCCCCAGCUUCACUGUUCUGAGAAACAAAGCUCCGAGAUGGCACGAACACUUGCAGUGCUGGUGCUUGAAUUUCCAUGGCCGGGUGACAGUUGCAUCUGUGAAGAACUUUCAACUGGUUGCAACAAUAGAUCAGAGCCAGCCAGGAGGAAAAGGCGAUGAGGAAACAGUUCUCCUCCAAUUCGGUAAAGUAGGAGACGAUACUUUCACGAUGGAUUAUAGGCAGCCCUUAUCCGCAUUUCAGGCAUUUGCCAUUUGCCUCACCAGCUUUGGUACAAAACUCGCCUGCGAAUAGUUACACCCUGUGUUUUCAAUUGCCACCUCUUUUCUUUGGACAGCUGUAGUCUGGUUGGAGGAAGCAGGUGAUGUACAUGUAUAUUGCUUUAGUAUGAUAUUUACUUGACUUUAUCCGAGUUCAUUUGCAAACAAUCUUGCUUGAAAGUGUAUUGGACGUUUGUUAUUUAAAUGCAUAUCAGAGUGAAUGCCUGUAAAAUGUAUGUAUUGUUCUAAGA